AUGUCAACUGUUUUUAGAGUUUUGAGAAAAGUGAUGCUAGUAUCACCUGAAAAAGCAACUUUGGUAGUUUUAGCAUGUGUCUAUUUACAUAACUUCCUAAGGAAAAGUAAACAUUCUCGCAACACUUAUACUCCAUCAGGAACAUUUGAUGAUGAGAAAGAAGGAAGAAUCAUUCCUGGACAAUGGAGACAGGGAAGCGAAAAUAAAAAUGCAGAGUCCUUUCUUCCAAUACCUAAGAUAGGUCGAAAAAGUUCGGCAAAUUGUGAAGCAAUUAGAAAUGAAUUUGCUACAUAUUUUAUGGGCGAAGAAUUACACUCGGAAUUGAAUAAAGAAAACAUCAUCUGUGACGACGGCAAUCGUCUCAUCAACAGUAUCCCUGAAGACCUCAGCCUUCAGCUGGCUUUGCUACUGACGAGACAGAGACCAUUUUCACAGUAUCCGGAAGACCUCAGCCUUCAGCUGGCUCUGCUACUGACGAGACAGAGACCAUUUUCACAGUAUCCUGAAGACCUCAGCCUUCAGCUGGCUCUGCUACUGACGAGACAGAGACCAUUUUCACAGUAUCCUGAAGACCUCAGCCUUCAGCUGGCUCUGCUACUGACGAGACAGAGACCAUUUUCACAGUAUCCUGAAGACCUCAGCCUUCAGCUGGCUCUGCUACUGACGAGACAGAGACCAUUUUCACAGUAUCCUGAAGACCUCAGCCUUCAGCUGGCUCUGCUACUGACGAGACAGAGACCAUUUUCACAGUAUCCUGAAGACCUCAGCCUUCAGCUGGCUCUGCUACUGACGAGACAGAGACCAUUUUCACAGUAUCCUGAAGACCUCAGCCUUCAGCUGGCUCUGCUACUGACGAGACAGAGACCAUUUUCACAGUAUCCUGAAGACCUCAGCCUUCAGCUGGCUCUGCUACUGACGAGACAGAGACCAGUUUGCAGUUUCCAUGGAGACCUCGGCCUCCAUUUGGCUCUACUACUGACGAGAUAG